AUGUUUGCUCGGUAUAACAAGCUUCAUUUGAUAUGUAGUAGUCGCUGCUAUUCUACGUUCGAAUCGCUAGGAAUAUCUCCUGCAACAUGUCAAAAAUUAAGAUCAAACUUCAACAUCUCAAGGCCUACCCUGGCUCAAGAGCAGUUUAUUCCUACGCUGAUUGCUGGUCAACAAGAUUUACUACUACGUGAUAGAACAGGCACAGGAAAGACUUUUGGAACAGCACUAACAUUGGCAUCAUUGAUCCCUUCGCAAGUGCGUCAACAUAAAAGCGUUCAUUCAUUGUAUGUCGUACCCAACCAAGAGCUAGCUUAUCAAAUUGGAAACUGGAUUCAGCAAUUGAGCGAGGGAAACAACUACAGGGUGUUCGCAAAUACAGAAGUUGAUUAUAACAGAGAUGUCAUUCCUCAUACUGUAGUGGGCACACCUGGUCGUAUUCUUGACUUGCUUGAACGAGGUAAACUACCUAUGCAUGCACUCGAGCGACUCAUCUUGGACGAAGCCGAUCAAGCACUGUCGCUACCAAAGAGAUACGCUACUGCUCGUCAACAGCACAAACGCACUACUCACCCUAAACCCGCUGAACGGUUGCUGGAUCAACUCAUGGGUCAACAUCAAACUAUGAUUUCUUCCGCCACACUGAAUAGACCCCUUCGCUACUUUUUAACCAAGCAAAAAGGAUGGCUCAAGAACCCAUUAUUCGUUGAUCUUGUGCACGGCUCACAGUUAAGCGACGACAAUACAGUGAAACACCAUUGCCUUGUGAUUUCCAAUGAUACCAUUCGUAACCUUACUCCCAAGACGCAAAAUGAGCCGCAGGACGCGUCACCCAGACAAGACAAGAUGGUUGAUUUCGACGACAUGGAUGACCGUAUGAUGGAAAGUAUUGCCAUUUUGCAAGAAUUAGAGCCUGUCAAGAACGGUAUUUUGUUUGUCGGGCCUACCAUCAGUGUGGCUUCAGUCAAACAAAAGCUCAAAGAGCAAGGCAUUGUUGCAGAGGAUAUCAAAGAUUACCAUACCAACAAAAAGAAGCCUGAUUUAUGGGUGGCUACAGAGUUUGCAGCCAGGGGAGUGGAUAUUCCUGGCGUCUCGCAUGUAUUUAUAUUGGGAAAACCUGCUUCUAUCACUUCAUACGUCCACAUGGCAGGAAGAACAGGUCGAUUGGGCCCAGAGGGGUUUGCCAAUGGAAAGGUCAUUCAUCUCGUCAGGGAACACGGUUGGACUGAAUCGAAAAUGGCCAACAUGUACGAGCUUUUGAAUAUCUCAGUUCAGGAAUAUGAGCAUGUUGAAUAA